AAAUGCUUUCGCUGUCAAGAAUUGCGUGAUAUUGAAUGAGGUUAAAGCGUCUUAAAUUGUUAUAAAGUGCAACGAGUGACGAGAAAAGAAUAAUUUGUAAGAGCUAAUUAUAGUUUUCCUUUGAAAGAAUAGCAAACCUAUAUUUAUAUAGGUUUUCAGUUCUCUCGUAGAAAGUACCUUUUUUCAGGUAUUUCUGUUGUUGCUGCUGUUGCUGUUGUUGCUGUGUAUUCCAUAAGUCUUUAACAAUAAAACCAUUUAUUUUUAAAAUAAAAAAAAUGGAUAAAAAAGUACAACGAUGGUGCUCAGUGCCGGGAUGUAUGGGUGCAAAGGAUGAGAAACGGCACUUUUUUAGAUUUCCAAAAGAAAAUGAUAGGUGGUUGCAAUGGAUAGAGGCAUGUAAGAGAACGGAUUUGAUAACAAAAGGUCCAAAUUAUGCCUAUCGGAAUUGUAGAGUAUGCCAUUUACAUUUCGAAGAAAAAUGGCUAAGAAGGAAGACUUGCAUUCGUUUACAUCCCGAUGCCAUACCAAGCAUAUUUUUUGGUCCAGCUUUUGAUGAAAAUAUACAAACAGAAAGGAAAUCCGAUCAAGAAACAGACUCCCCAAUACCGCAAAAAGAAAAUAAAAGCAGUGAUGUCCAGUCUUCAAAACCUUCGCCAAGGGAUAUGGACGCUGAAGCUGAACCUAAAUUGAGCACAUCCACUAGCACUCGAGCAGAAACAAAACUUUUAUCAGAGGGCCCUCCAUUGAAGAAAUUGGUCUUGACAAACAUGAAAAUAUUACCCUUAAAAAUACAUAAUAUUUUUCCAAGUAAAGAAACCGAAAGAAAGUCCAUUGAAGAAAGACAUAUCUCAGCAGUACAAGAUGCCGAAGUAAAAUUAAGUACAUCCAGUAGCACUCAAGCAGAAACAAAAAUUUUAUCAGAGACCCCUCCAAUGAAGAAAUUGGUCUUGACAAACAUGAAAAUAUUGCCUUUGAAAGUGCAUAAUAUUUUUCCAAGUAUACAGACCGAAAGGGAACCCGUUGAAGAGAGACAUGUAUCAAUUUCACAAGAAAAAAGCAAAACCAGUGAUGUGCAAUCUUUAAAAAGUUUGCCGAGGGAUAUGGAUACCGAAGCUAAACAGAGCACAUUUAGUUGCAGUCAACCACAAACGAAAAUUUUAUUAAAAAGCAGUCCGAUGAAGAAAGUGAUCUUAACAAACAUGAAAAUAUUGCCCUGGAAAGUACAUAAUAUUUUUCCAAGUAAACAAACCGAAACGGAGUCCGUUGAAGAAAGACACGUAUCAGUAGCACAAGAAAAAAACAAAAACAGUGAUGUACAAUCUUUAAAAAGUUUGCCAAGGGAUAUGGAUACCGAAGCUAAAUCGAGCACAUCCAGUAGCACUGAAGCAGAAACAAAAAUUUUAUCAGAGGGCCCUCCAUUGAAGAAAUUGGUCUUGACAAACAUGAAAAUAUUACCCUUGAAAAUACAUAAUAUUUUUCCAAGUAAAGAAACCGAAAGAAAAUCCAUUGAAGAAAGACAUAUCUCAGUAGUACAAGAUGCCGAAGUAAAACUGAACACAUCCAGUAAAAUUCAUGCAGAAACGGCAGAAAUUGCAUUAGAGAGCCUUUGCAUAAAGAAAUUGCAGAUGAAAAUUUUGCGAAUGAAAAAACAAAAUAACAAAUUGCGUCAAAGGAUCAAGCGACUCCAGCAAAAGGAAGGAAAACAAAUCAGGAGCAAUUUGAAAAACCAAGGAAUCGAAAAGAGUAUAAAAAAAGUGCGGAAAUACAUCAGCUAAUCAAAUGUGAAGUUCAGAAAAGAACAAAAAA